AUGGCCUUCGCUUCGCAGCUAAACCAAUUCCCCUGCAAGAUGCUAUCGCUAAACCCAGCGCACCACCGUCUCGCCUCCAAGCCCUUCUCCCUCUUGUUCGCGCCAAACUCUGUCGUGCUCGCCGCCAAAUUCAACAACCAAUUGAAAUUCUCCACCCAUGAGUUCGUCGGGACCCGACCUGCUACCCGGCUCCGGGUGGUGGACGAGGACGAAUGGGGCCCCGAGAAGGAGACCGAGUCGGCUGUGGCUGUGGCUGAGGAUGACAAGCCGGGUGAGCCCGAGCCAGCCGAAACCAGUAGGCUGAAGAAGGCUCUGGUAGACUCGUUUUACGGAACUGAUCGUGGACUGAGCGCCACCAGCGAGACCCGGGCCGAGAUUGUGGAGCUUAUUACUCAGUUGGAGGCCCAAAACCCGACCCCGGCUCCGACCGAGGCCUUGCCUCUGCUCAAUGGCAAAUGGAUUCUAGCGUACACUUCGUUUGCAGGUCUGUUUCCAUUGUUGUCCAGAGGAACUCCAUUGGUGAAGGUGGAGGAGGUUUCGCAGACGAUUGACUCUGAGAAUUUCACUGUACAAAAUUCUGUUCAGUUUGCUGGGCCAUUAGCUACCACUUCUAUUACCACUAACGCCACAUUUGAAGUUCGAAGCCCAAAGCGCGUCCAGAUUAAGUUUGAAGAAGGCGUAAUUGGGACUCCCCAGCUGACAGACUCACUAGUGAUACCAGAAAAUGUUGAGUUUCUAGGACAAAAACUUGACCUCACAGUCUUCAAAAGUUUGCUCACCUCUGUUCAAGACACUGCUUCAUCUGUUGCAAAGACCAUAUCCAGCCAACCCCCGUUUAAGUUUUCCAUCUCAAACAGCAAAGCUGAAUCAUGGUUGCUAACCACAUACCUUGAUCCCGAGCUUCGGAUUUCAAGGGGAGACAACGGCAGCGUGUUCGUGUUGAUCAAGGAAGGCAGCUCCCUCUUGACCCCUUGA